CGAGAUCCAUGUCUAUCCCAACAAAAACACAAUUUCAAUCCCAAACAAUUUUUUGAAACUUUGAAAAAGAUAAAUCCAAACUGUUCCUGUUUUGAAAAAGAUAACAAGUCAUCAUCUCAUGAGCUUCAAAGUGGGCUGACCUCUGUUUUUGUUUUCAUUGGCAUACCGCAUACCCAAUUCAAUACUUUUUGCCUUGGUGGGUAGACAUGGCAUCAUCAUCAUCCUCGCUCCUCAAUCUCAUCCUUGUGUUUCUUAUUGUUCUAUGCUCGUUUGUCCUGAGCUAUUGUUGCUGUGAUGGCGACAACAAACAGCAGCGUGGCGAGAUCUCGGCCUUGGGUGAUCCAGGGAUGAAAAGAGAUGGUCUCAGAGUUGCCUUUGAGGCUUGGAACUUCUGCAAUGAAGUUGGCAGUGAAGUCCCCGGCAUGGGCAGUCCUAGAGCUGCUGAUUGCUUUGAUCUUUCUGAUCACUAUCUGAACCAUAGAGUGAGCCAAGCUGACAAUUUGUUGGGAGUGGGUGAUCCGUUCCCACGAUUGACCGUUGAAGGUUUGAACAAUUCUGAUCUUUACGCCGCUGAGAAAGAGCUCUAUUUGGGCUCACUUUGUGAAGUUGAGGAUGAGCCAAAUCCAUGGCAGUUCUGGAUGAUGAUGCUCAAGAACGGCAACAUGGAUACCAGCUCUGGUUUGUGCCCGGACAAUGGGAAGAAAGUUGGUCCUUUUCCCCCAAGCUCAAGGUUCCCUUGUUUUGGGAAAGGGUGCAUGGAUCCCCCUCUCUUAUACCAUAAACCCACUUAUCGUGUUGGGGAUAAGAUGAGAGGUGCAUUUUGGGGGACUUAUGAUUUAGAUGCAGAUGCAGAUGCAGAUGUGGAAGGCAAGGAACAAAACUUAUCCUACUUUGAAGUGGUCUGGAAGAAGAAUGUUGGGUCUGGAAGCUGGGAGUUCCACCACAAGCUCAAGACCUCCAGAAAGUAUCCAUGGCUCAUGUGGUAUCUCAGGGCUGAUGCCACAAAAGGAUUUUCUGGUGGCUAUCACUAUGACACAAGGGGAAUGCUCAAGAUUUUACCAGAAUCCCCAAACUUCAAGGUUAAAAUAACAAUGGAUGUGAAGAAAGGUGGAGGUCCACAAAGCCAGUUCUACCUCUUGGACAUUGGUAGCUGCUGGAAAAACAAUGGCAAGCGCUGUGAUGGAGACGUUACAACAGAUGUCACCAGAUACAGUGAGAUGAUAAUCAAUCCCCAGAUUGAUGGAGUCUGCUCCUCCAAAACUCCCCAGAAAUGUCCACCAUAUCACAUCAUGCCAGACGGCAAGAAGAUCCUCAGGAAUGAUACUAAGAACUUCCCCUUCUCUGCUUACCAUUAUUAUUGUGCUCCAGGUAAUGCCAAGUAUGCAGAGGAGCCAUAUGAGGUAUGUGAUCCUUAUAGCAAUCCUCAGCCACAAGAGAUCAUCCAGUUGUUACCACACCCUGUUUGGGGUGCUUAUGGCUAUCCAACCAAUAAGGGUCAAGGAUGGGUUGGCGAUAAGAGAACUUGGCUUCUUGAUACUGGUGGUCUUUCUAGCAAGUUACCCUUUUAUCAGGAUCCAGGAACUCGGCCAGCGAGAAGAAUAUGGACAUCAAUUGAUGCCGGAACUGAGAUUUAUGUCAGCGAAGAGGAUCAUGUUGCUGAGUGGAUUCUUAGUGAUUUUGAUGUUCUUGUUCCCGACUGUGGACAUCAGAGUUACUAAUUAGUCUUUUCAUGUUUCCUUUCAUUUGUUUAUUUUUUUUAUUUUUGCUUUGUGUGGAUAAGUAAGUAGCUAGACCACGUCUCGUGGACUGCUGCUGUAUUGACUUCUGAGUUUUUUUAUAUAUGAUUGUGGUAUAUCCACUUAAAAAAUAAAAAAAAAUUAGAGAGUAGAGAUAAUAAUCA